GGCAGUACAUCGACGUGAUGUUAUUUGAGCACCGUACCUGACGAAUGAGAAACAACAAGCCAAGGUACGACUCGUCACCUAGUUGCAUUUUAUCUAUUUCGGUCUUCCGAUGAACGCUCACACCUGCAGCUACAACAAAGAUUAGUUUCAUCUCGAAGCAUAUGUUGCUAGCAGUCGCGUGCAUCGCAAUUUGAAGUCACGACGCAAGACGAAUCCGUCGAUCAAGGGCAUUUCUACGACACAAGAGUAGCAGCCGAUGUCAAUACAAGGAUGWCGGAUCACAUCAAUAACUCCGCUUUUGACGUGCUUUCGACAGUGUUGGUUUCUUCCCUGGAUUAUGUUGYGAAAGAUUCACAGAAAUUGGUCGAUAAUCAUGUAAAUAUUCAUACACAGAAUUAUCCUUAUGAYAAUMUACCAUCCGAUGAUUUUUCGUCACCGUCCCUUUCAUAUUCUCGUUUUCUGAACAACGACACCAACCGAACCAUUGCGUCUAUUGAGAAAGUCAAUGGAACUACAAGCACUCUUGGUGGUGGCGGCAAAAACAACGASAAUCGCACCACAACCUUACGGGACAUAGCAAGAGGAGCCGCAAAGAAYACCACCGGUGGAGGGGACGAAGACUGGAACCCCCAAGGCUUGACAGACGGAGAAAUCCUGACCCAAACCCUAAUGUUAUAUGGAAACUUCUUUUUGGUUUGCCUCUUCCUCUUUUGCCUCCUCCGCAAGGCAUAUCCCAAGGCUUAUAACUUGCGGAGCGGUUGGAUUUCUCAAGAUGUGAUCGAGCCCAAUCCACGGGCCCAAAAUCCCGAUGCAAUGGGACGUUUCUCGUGGUUGUGGAAGGUUUGGUUUGUGGCGGAUACGGAGCUAAGCGACGAUUGCGGAAUGGAUGCCCUCUGUCUGAGCCGCGUGCUGGAAUGGGGAGCCCGUCUUACUUUGUUUGGGAGCCUUGUGGGUUGCAUCCUAUUGAUGCCUGUAUACGCCACUGCGGAUGGAGAUUAUAGUAUGAAAGGCGGCGUUGAGGAACUCAAUACCUCAAACGUGCCGGACGGCGCUGAGGGACGCGGCCGGUUUCUGGCAACCGUCUUGGCCGCCUAUUUGAUUUUUGGGUACACAAUGUAUUCAAUACUGCAUGAAUUUGAGUGGUUUUACACAUUCCGCUAUGAGUUCUUGAGCCGACCGAUCCCUCGCAACUAUACAGUUUACGUGCGGAAUUUGUCGGAAGAGUAUUGGACCUCUAAGGCUCUGGAGGAAUACUUUUCGAAUUUCGAAGUGAUUCGUUCUGGUUAUCACAGAUAUGAUGAUUUUAGCCUUGGUACCGAGGGUACUGCUUUGUAUCCUGGCUAUUCCAAGACAACACAGCAGUAUCUUUCGAAGAAUGCUAUGAAGGCGCGGGUGGCAUUGAAAAUCCCUAAAUUAAGUAAAAUGGUUGCGAAGCGAGUGUGUGUUUUACAGAAACUCGAGCACGCCAUCAAUGUCGAAGAUAUUUUGAAUAAAGUACCCAAAACCAUCGACGMUGCGUCUGGGCUCGAGAUCACCGUAGUAGAUUAUCUCUUUGGAGAGCUUAAAGAACUCAACAAAGAGAUUACGACUAUGAUUGAAACCAUCGACCGGCGUUCCAAGUUGGACAAUCCAUUGGACGAUUACCAUGCUGAGGACUACCAAAACCCAGUCUUGGUGGAGGGGAGCGACCAUGGAGACUACGACUUCGAAUAUGGCAACAAUACCUGUACAUACCACAACGGCGUGAUUGAUAUGAGAAGGAAUGGUCCGAAACGGAGAAAGCCACCCGACGCGUUUUUUGAUAGCAAGUCAGUGGAGCACUCGACAUCGUUCCAAGGCAAGCCAGCAAGUGUGGYUGCCGCAGAAUUUAUGACGGUUCCACACACCAUUGAAGACACAGACCAUCUAUUUCAAGAGGAUAUCACCGUUGCUGAGAAUAACGCAGACCUGACCAUGGACAGUUUGGAGGACUACAAUUUGAAUAGGAACAUGAAUGACAGUGAAAAUGAGAGCAACAGGAAUGGAUACGCGACCAAGAGUCCUCUAAUGAUUAUUGAUCAGGUAGGAAAGGUUGCCAAUGCUGGGAUCUCACACGUUGGCAAAGCCGCGAAUCUCGGAAUACAGGUCAUUGGUACGCAAAUGGAACGAGCGGCCGCUUUGGUAAGCAACAGGAAUGAUGACGGGGCUCCGACGACGGCAGCAUUUGUGACAUUUUCGAGCCUCAUGGCCUGUCAGGCAGCAAAACAGAUGAUGCAUUCAAGAGACGUCUUUGGAAUGGAAGUCAUCGAAGCCCCCGGUUGCGACGAUAUCCUGUGGAAGAACGUGGGCAAGGAACACAAAGAAUUGCAGAUGGGAUUGCUCCUGAGCAUACUCCUCACGUCUACCCUCUGUCUCUUCUGGACCAUUGUCAUUACAUUCAUUUCCACUUUAUCCUCGGUGGAAGGCUUGACGGGACUGAUACCUGAGCUCGAAGAGUUACUGCAAACGCAUGCAUGGCUAUACACGCUCUUGGCACAGAUCUCGCCGCUCAUGAUCGUGUUGACGAACUCGUUGCUGAGAGUAAUUCUGGAAGCUCUGUCUGGAUUGGAAGGACACGUGUCAAACGCAUUGAUUCAGGCAUCUCUCUUCAGCAAACUAAGUGCCUUUAUGAUCAUACAAACGUUUUUCGUCAAUGCGAUUUCGGGGAGUUUGAUCGCCGAGCUUUCGGCGAUUGUCCAAAAUCCCUCGGCUAUCAUAGAGUUGGUGAGUUGUUUGCCAAUUGUAUGAUUGAGAGUAACUCAAAUAUGAAUUCCUCUCUGCCAUCACUUCAUCUCUUCGUCUGACUUUGUUACUCUUAUGUGUCUGACUUGCAACGCAUGAAUAAAGCUCGCAAACUCGCUCCCCAAUCGAUCUUCAUUUUUCAUCCAGAUCAUGCUGGUUCAAACUUCCGUUGAUCUAAGCAUGGAACUCUUGCGCAUAUCGCCGGUUGGUGUUGCAUUUGUCCGAUCCUUGGUGGGUCCAAAAUUGACCGAGGACGAAAGACGAACUACAUGGAUGGGAUUACGGCCCUUUGCUGAUCCUAUGGAAUUUCAACACGCCUCUGUUUUAUCAGGAAUUGUCUUCUACUUCGUCGUUUUUUUUGUGUACGCGACACUGGCACCCAUCACAUCGAUAUUCACCUUUGUUUGUUUCGUGUUCAUGGGUGCUAGUUAUCGCCAUCAGUUUAUUUUCAUCUACCCUACAUUGCCGGACAGCGGUGGCAAGCUGUGGAUCCAGUUUAUGCAAAUAGUUCCUACCUCGUUGAUCAUAGGAGAACUAACCAUCGUGGGUUUUCUUGCGUUGAAAACCGCUCCCUUGGCGUCGUCCUUGAUGAUUCCACUCCUGCUCGUUACGAUUCUUUUCAACAUUUACAUUCGUCAAAUGCAUUUUGCUGUGACCAAUUUUUUGCCAGGAUGUGUUUGUGCGGAAGUAGAUCGCAAGAACAAGAUGGAUGGUCAAAUGCAUAUGAAAUUUCUUUCAAUGAACCAAUACAAACAGCCGGAAUUGCGAGACAAGGAACUUUACCCUAAGAACGCAUCAUUUGAACGGCAACUUCAGCACGGUAUACUAUGUUAUGAAGAUCCAGAAACGGACGACAGGGAAUUGGUGCCAAGGUAGCAACAUUUCGUCAUGAUACAUGAGAGGAACGCACACACUCUCCGCGGAAGGAUCAUUUGACCGCCUCAUGCUCACAAAUUGUAGUUGAUUUUACCAAGCUAAUGACCGGACGGUACGAAUAGAGUUUGACUCGGCAG